CGCGUCUCUGAGUGAGUUGCUGGGCUUCGUUUGUUAGGACUACUGGACAUUGGUAGUAUUCGUUCCCUGCCUGUGGAACCUCUCCUUCAUGACAUCUGUGUCUGCGCUUGGGGCUACCCGAUGCUACACGGGGAAGUGGGUUCGGAAGACAACGGCGAAGAAGACGCAUCAGUUCGGAAACAGCGUCUGGGAGGAGCCGGAUGUGAUGCACAUCCUUUUCAAAGGCGAAGAUCCUCGGCUACUGACUCACCCGGUGUACAAGGGAGCUGUUGCUGAAGACGACGUCGCCGCUCUCCGUAGAAAACAGAAAGUGACACCCACGGAUGUGGAGGAGAAGUCUUUCAAGUCCUUGACUUUUGUGGACAUCGGAAACCUCACCCAGAGGGGGGCUCUGUACAAGGACGACGAGCGGAAUCCGAAUCAGUUAUGCAAUCAGCUUCUUUUCUUCUGUGGUAUGGCGGAUGCCGUGCUCUUCUUGGGCAAGCCGCACGAGCAAGUGGUGUGGAGUCUGCUUCAGCAGGAAAGGCGCGUCUUGGCCGUGGAUGGGGACACAACGCAGCUCGAAUACACCGUGCAAUAUGUCACCCAUGAAGUUUCGUCCAAGGCUUACCCAUGCGAUUUCGACCAAGUCGUGGUCGAGCUCGUUUAUGACCCGAACAAAAACAUGUUCUUCAAGUUGACUCCGAAGAAAAGGCGCCAGGUCUACUCCUUCCUUUAUGGCGAACAACCAAGGUUGAGAUUUGACCCGCAAUACGGGGUGCGGAAGGAAGUCGCCAUUGCGGUUCUCCAGGGCUACCACGGAGCGAGUCGGGCCGGCGCUGUGAGCUUUAUUAAGAGGCUGGAAUAUGUGUUUGUUAACGAGAAUGUCGUCGAUCCGGCCGAUUUCACUUUGGAUAACUACAAGCUAGCAUUCGGUGAGGAGGACGACUUCAAUAUCGAGACUGAGCAGGAGGAGAGCAUUGAGGGCGACCUCUUCGAUUUGGACGGGCAAUUGGCCAUCUUCAACGCCCAAGCUUCUGAGUCGCCGUCAGUAUGCAAACCGGGGACACCUCUCGCUACACCCACCUCGGGCGGCCCCACGCCAGUGUCCUCCUCAGCGCCUGUCAAGAGGGGUGGGUUGUCCCGUCUGAGGAGUUCGCCGGGGGAGCCUAUUCGUCUCACACCGCAGCCCGAGCGUCUUCGACCCGGCCAUCCAGUUCGUCCGGACCAUCCGCAUCUCAAGGCUCCAGCGACUCCCUUCCACAUGGGUGACAAACAUACCUUCUCCACAGCCGAAGAUUGGGGUCAUGAUAUCGUGUGGCACCCAGACCAUUUCCAGCCUGUCCUUCUUGACGGCGAAUGGGCAGUGGCUGUGAGGGACGUAAGUGGAGGGUGGAUAUAUGACGAUUGUUGGGACCUCGAGACAUUCAAAUCUCGCACCUUCGAUGCGGUUUUGGAGAGAUUAAGUGAGGUCAAUCGACGACGUAAAGACGACCCUGCUCUGCGCGAAUACGGGGACACGCUGUUCGAUUUAUUGCAGUCAAAUAGAUGGCUGGAAGUGUCCUCCGCGUUCUACGCCCUUCCGUCAAGCCCGUCAAUUAAGCAAGUGAGUUGGGAGUUGCCUGCGGGCACCCCGCCGGCAGGAGUUGUGAAGCGCAAGUCUCGCGGAAAGGACGGCGACGGGGAUGGUGAAGGCGGCGGGCAACGAGGUACUGGAGGUGGAAGUGAACAACGUUCAAAGAAACAACGGUCUCCGGGGCUUGCAAGCGGCGGAGAGGGAAAAAAGGGCAGCCGGGAGAAGAAAAAGCCUCGCAGCGGAGAGAACACAAAGCAUCGCACAGGAGACGAGCAGGGGUCCGAUGUCGACCGCGACGAGGACGGUGGGGUUCUGGCGGUGACAGGCAGCACCUCAAUGGAGACGGGGAACGACUUCAGGCCUGGGUGGAUUACACGGCCUGGCGAGCAGGACCCUGUGAUUAGCUCCACCAGCGCAACACAAUAUACCGAUGCUGUUGGCGGGGCAGUUGAAGUUCGGAUUAAUCCGAACCCGGAAGCCAGUACCGUUGAGAGAGCACAGCGGUCUGCGGAACUCGAACGGGUGGUCCGGGUUUCCGAAAACCCUGGCGGCGAAAUUCGGAUUCAUCCGAACCAGGAGGACGUGUCCGCCAUGACAGACGACCGGUGUCAGGACACCGUCAUGCUGUGCAUGGAAGUCCACAAGGAGCUGCAGGCAGACCGUCCGACUGAGGGUGAGUUAGCGACCAGUUUCAAUGUCGAGCCCCUCACACUCGGAGCCGAAUGCCUGGUGACGGUACGCGCAGAGUUAGCAGUCUUAAGCGACUCUCCGGUGAAAGCGGGCACGUCGUCGCCGUUGGAAACUUUGGUGGCUCGGAUGAAUCCGAACCAGGGCCCUGUGAGCAUGUCCCUCCCUGGUGCAGCUUUGGAGACGACUGUAAUUCGGAUUCAUCCGAGACACACAGGCAAAGGACUUGACGGUUGUCGACUUCUGACGACUUUGGACAAGGACGACUCCGCCGACGACCGGAUUGAUCCGACACUCGGCGACGUCGGGAUGGAGCAAACAGUCCAGCCGGCAUACGACGACCCCUUGUACUCCGGCCUUCACGACGAGGAGAUGGGAGAGGACGUUCUGAAGAAGUCCUCUAGCGCUGUUGGAGAUAGAUUUCUCUAUUUGAGUGACGACGAUAAAGACACAGCACACGAGGACAAGAAGUUAAGGGGGGGAGAGGUGUUGUUGGACAUCCAUGGGACCUUGAGCACAACACAAUGCGACACAGUGGCGACGGAGGAAACCCAACCUGUCGAGGUUGUGGACGUCGAUGCUCUUUGUCCGGAGACGGACAUACUAAAAUUGCCCGUCAUGGACGUGGAGGAUUUCCGCCAUCGGGAUGGGGAUGAAUUCAUGCCAUCGCCGGUCAUCGACGCCGACAUCUCGAACCUCUCAAGUUUCCCUAUGAGUUUGGAGCACGUCGUCGCCGCGUCGACGCGCAAGGGGGCGCCAAUCGUGUUGGGGCUGCCAUCGGUGGGCUCUGGUGACGUCAAAGCUAAGCCUGGGUUUCCUCGAGACGGAAGAGCAGUCCUUGAAGACGUUAUCUGCUCCCGGUUGCCGCUCACUAUGAUCGUCGCGCGUUUACCGUCGCACAAUUUACAGGUUUCCGUCAAGGAUAUCGUCGCACGCGUGGAUGGAUCCGGGGAGCUCAACGAUGAGGUCGUCAAUUUCUACAUGGCGAUGCUACUGGACGACUGCGGCCGGACUGCUGCUACCAAGAAGACGUACACCUUUAACUCUUUCUUCGCCUCUACACUGCUUUUGCGAGGUUCAGAAGCUGUUUGCAGAUGGGCUUAAGAUGUGGACCUCCUGUCUCAUGACCUCGUCUUGGCACCAGUGCACAAGGACGGAGAACACUGGAGCCUUUUGGCCAUUGACUUCUCUAGACGUGUUUUGGAAAUCU